AUGAAGGCCAGAUCUUUGACUCGCAAAACCAAAAGAAAGAAGUUGAAGGCAGAAAAGGAAACCGAUUCUGGUGAAAAAAGCAUUGGGAAUUUACCUGAUGCUAUUCUUGAACAUAUCCUGUCGUUCCUCUCGACAGCAGGUGCUGUUAGAACCAGCAUAUUAUCAAAGAAGUGGCUACAUCUGUGGAAAUCCACGACCAACCUCACGUUUUUUGGUCUGAAAUCUCCCAAAAGAAAGCUCUUCAUGGAUUUUGUGGAUAGGGUUCUUGCUCUUCGUGGUCCUUCUAAUAUUGAACAAUUCUAUCUCUCAUGUGAAGUCAAGGACGAUCCAUCUCGGGUUGGUACAUGGAUUUCUGCCGCUGUGAAUCGUAACGUCAAGGAUUUAUAUCUCGAACUUCGUGAUUUCGAAGCAUCGUUUGUUUUGCCUCAUUGCUUAUUUAACUGCGAAACAUUGACAGAGUUGGAAAUAAAUAUGCCAUAUAUUCUCAAGCUUCCUUCUUCAAUAUCCCUCUCAUGUGUGAAGAUAUUGAACCUCUAUGAGGUUAUCUUUACUGAUGACCACUCAACCCAGCAACUAUUCAGUCUCCCAAACCUCGUGGAGUUGGAAAUACAUGAGUGCAAUUGGAUGAACCUCGUGGCUGUCAGCAUUUCUGCUCCCAAACUUCAGAGCUUGGACAUACAUGAACCUUGUCAGAGCAGUCCGGCUUCUUUAGGUGGAUGUCAUGUCAGGAUUUUUCGAACUCAUCUCGCCGAUUUUACUAUCAUCGGCACACUUUCAAAUGACUAUUGCUUAUAUGAAUCUUCUGUGGUCGAGACAUGCAUUUCUAUUUUUUCCGCUGCUGACAAACCGAGGCAAACUGCCUACCGUGCCUCUAAACUCCUUGAAGGAAUUUCUAGUGCUCAAUCCUUAUGUCUAACAACUAAUGUUGUUGAUGUUCUGGAUGACGCGCCUGAGCUGCUCGCUUUCCCGCUUGAAUUUAGGAACUUGACCUCUUUAUUGUUUGAAUCAGAGGAGUCAAAUCUUCAUAGUGAUGGAUUUUGGCACAUCAUCUACAACUCUCCUCAUCUUAUAGCUCUUCAGUUUUAUGGGGUCAGCAUGCCUAAGGUUCCUUCAAAUUGUCGAGAAGAUUGGACAUUGGACCCAUCUCCACCUUGUUUCCUGUCAUGUCUCAAAUUCAUUCAAGUCGGAAGAUUUGGUGGUGAUGAAAAGGAGCUGGAUGCAGUUGGCUUUCUUUUAAAGAAUGUUACAGCUUUAGAAUCUAUGGAUAUAAUUUAUUCUGGUUCUGCGCGUAGGGAUCAGGGUGUAGACAAGACGAACGAGAUUCAUCAACAGCUACUUGCCCUCCCUAGAUGGUCAGAGAUCGGCAAUAUCAAUUUCGAUUGA